AGAGGGAGGGAGCCAGAAGGAGCGAGACAGAGAGAGCGAGAGAGAGCAAAAAGGGAGGGGAGUUUAAACUAAGUGCUAUGUUUUGGGACAGGCUAAUCUGCUAGCGAGCAGUGUGAGGAUCGGAGCGUAUUGUAUGAGCCAGUGUGCGGGGGACAGAUAAGGGAGCCAGCCAGCCCGACCCACAGACCUACCAACUGCCUGCUUUUAAUGUGCUGACUCUGGGGAGAAUUUGAAAGACAGCGUAUUGACUCCUCAGACGCGUGUUUGUGCGUGCGCGCCGGAGACCCUGGGCUCAAACGCCUCCAACUAACAGCCACAGCCCAGCCAGAAGUGCAUCAGCAGACAAGGGAGCGAAAGAAAAAAACAAAACAACAACAAAAAACUAACCCAAAAACAGGACUGAAAAAUUACAGCUCCCACAUCAAAAAUUAAAGAGGAUUUUUUUUUAUAUCCUCUUCUUUUUUCAAUUGAUUUGAUUUUUUUCUUUAUUUUUCUGUGUUCCCGGGACAGAGAGACUGACUCCCGAUUCUGAAGAAGAAAUCAGGAGGGAGCAGAGAAACUCAAGCGAAUCCAAAAGAAAAAAAAAUUAAAGGACAGAACAAAAACCUCAUCGAAUCUGAACAUGUUUGAAAUAAGCCGAACACUCAACGCUGCUUUGUUGAGCAACGAGCAUCUCAAGAUGAUGGCGAGGUACGGGCAGCUCUCGGGACUGGCAGCCAGUGGCGUGGGCUCCGUCCCCGAGACGCACUCGCCGCUAUUUUCCAGGGAUCCCCUGUCAUCGCCCGCCCAGAUGGGCUACAGGUCACCCCUGGGGUCGACAGAGACACAGUGGCGUCAAGCAGAGCUCCCGCAGCUCCAGGGCUGGGCAGAGAAGGGAUUGCUGACACAGCCAAAGAUGAUCAUCAGUAACAUGGAGGCUCCAGUGACAAACGGCCCCAGCGGUGGAGGCAACACAGCCAAUGGCCCGACCACCAACAGCCGUGGCUGCCCCUCGCCCAUGCAGACCGGUCCAACAAACGACGACAGCAAGACGAACCUCAUAGUGAACUACCUGCCCCAGAACAUGACCCAGGAGGAGUUCCGCAGCCUGUUCGGUAGCAUCGGCGAAAUUGAGUCCUGCAAGCUAGUUCGUGAUAAGAUCACAGGGCAGAGUCUUGGCUACGGCUUCGUCAACUACAUUGACCCAAAGGAUGCAGAGAAAGCCAUCAACACAUUAAAUGGACUCAGACUUCAAACGAAAACAAUCAAGGUGUCGUAUGCACGGCCCAGCUCAGCCUCCAUCCGUGACGCUAACCUGUAUGUGAGCGGCCUGCCCAAGACCAUGACCCAGAAGGAGCUGGAGCAGCUUUUCUCCCAGUACGGACGCAUCAUCACCUCCCGUAUCCUUGUCGACCAGGUCACAGGCCCCGCAGGUGGCUCCCGAGGUGUGGGUUUCAUCCGCUUUGAUAAGAGAAUAGAAGCGGAGGAGGCCAUCAAGGGCCUGAACGGCCAGAAACCUUCUGGUGCCGCAGAGCCAAUCACGGUCAAGUUUGCCAACAACCCAAGUCAGAAGACCAGCCAAGCUCUCCUGUCACAGCUCUACCAGUCACCCAACCGCCGAUACCCCGGCCCCCUUCACCACCAGGCUCAGAGGUUCAGGCUGGACAAUUUGCUUAAUAUGGCCUAUGGCGUAAAGAGGUUUUCCCCCAUCACCAUUGACAGCAUGACAAGCCUGGUGGGCAUGAACAUCCCCGGGCACACAGGCACCGGUUGGUGCAUCUUCGUGUACAACCUGUCCCCGGACUCGGACGAGAGCGUGCUCUGGCAGCUGUUUGGCCCGUUCGGAGCAGUCAACAACGUCAAGGUGAUCCGUGACUUCAACACCAACAAGUGCAAAGGCUUCGGCUUCGUCACCAUGACGAAUUACGACGAGGCGGCCAUGGCCAUCGCCAGCCUCAACGGCUACAGGUUGGGUGACCGCGUCUUGCAAGUCUCCUUCAAGACUAACAAGACACACAAGUCCUGAACUCUCGACAGGCAGAAGCAGAUGCCCCGCGACUUUGUCUGCUCUAAAUUUGCCCCCCGAUCCCUUCCCUCCACCUCCACUCGUCCCUUAGGUCCCUCCAACCACCACCGCCCUCCUACAGCCAUCCAACACAGCAGAAUCAAACUCCUGGAACAGAAAGCAGCCAACAAACCAUCUAACAAAUUGAACUAGAAAUGGCUUAUAUUAUAACUUUGGACCUAUAAGCCAAUGUUGCCUGAGUAUUACAAAAAUUAAAUGAUGAAAAUGUUGACAAGUUUUUUCGAAGCUCCUGUGAUAAUGCAGGCUUCUCUUUAUUGUAUAUUCUUUUCAUUUGUUGUGGUUGUUAAAAAAUUUUUCUCUUCUGUGUAAACAGUAGCAAGUCCCCAUAUUUCAGAGAAGAGGUCGUCCUUUUUAAGAUCGGAACCUUUUCUCUGUCUUUGAUUCAGGAUUUAAUUUUCUUUUGUAAAUCCGGAUCCACUGUCGUUAAUAUUAUAUACACCUCCCCUGUCAAUGAAAGGGAGGGGGCUCUUUUUUAAAUUAGUGAAACCAUUCAUUCAUUUGUAGCGUGUAUUUAAAAACUUCCCCUUAUUGAUUAUAGAUGGGAUUCUACGAUCCCUGAAACUCAGAUGUAGAAAAAAAAAAAGAGAAUUUCUAACAUUGUUUUUGUUUUGUAUCGCAAACAAAACAUAAUGUCUUUCCUCACUGGGAUUUAGGGAGAUGGGGUGAGGGAGGGGAUGGGUUAGCUUUCCUGAUGACAUGUUCAGUAAUUUAAGAUAAUAAAAAAAAAUAACACUGUUGCCAAAGAGAAGAUCUCUUUGCUUGAAAAAAA